AUGGCUUCUUUGGCUUCACACAGAUGCCUAUUGUUCUCUUUGGUGAUAUUCAGCAUUUGGGUUUCACUCUCCACGGCGUCCCGUGACCUGAGUGAGACGUCGAUGAAGGAGAGGCACGAGAAAUGGAUGGCUCAGCACGGGCGAGUCUACAAAGACGCAGCAGAGAAGUUGCACCGGUUUAAAAUAUUCAAGGCCAAUGUCGAGUACAUUGAAGCGUUUAACUCUGCAGGAGCGCAUAAGUACAAGCUCGGAGCUAACCAGUUUGCUGAUCUGACGAACGAGGAGUUCAGGGCCUCUUAUAACGGGUUCAGGCCUUCGAAGCCAAAUGUAUUAAAGGCGGCAGUCAGAAGCAACUUCAAGUAUGAGAAUUUUACUGCAGCUCCUGCAAGCAUGGAUUGGAGGACCAAGGGUGCUGUAACUCCUAUCAAGAAUCAAGGACAAUGCGGAUGCUGUUGGGCAUUCUCUGCAGUAGCAUCAACAGAAGGAAUCCACAAGCUGACUACAGGCAAACUCAUCUCCCUCUCAGAACAAGAGCUCGUGGACUGCGACACCAGCGGGGAGGACCAAGGAUGCAAUGGUGGUUUAAUGGACAACGCCUUCAAGUUCAUGAUUAAGAACAAAGGCCUGACAACCGAAGCCAGGUAUCCAUACACGGCCACCGAUGGCACGUGCAGUUCCAAAAAGGCUUCAGCCAGUGCUGCGACCAUCACAGGCUACGAGGACGUGCCUGCCAACGACGAGUCAUCCCUGCUUAAAGCGGUUGCUAACCAGCCAGUGUCAGUUGCAAUUGAUGCGGGGGGUUCAGACUUUCAAUUGUACUCGAGCGGGGUGUUCACAGGGGAAUGCGGUACUGAAUUGGAUCAUGGCGUUACUGCAGUUGGAUUGUACUCGAGCGGGGCAAGCAACGGGACAAAGUAUUGGUUGGUGAAGAACUCAUGGGGGGCGUCGUGGGGAGAAAAGGGAUAUAUCAGGAUGGAGAGGGAUGUCGACGCUGAAGAAGGGCUUUGCGGGAUCGCAAUGCAGGCUUCAUAUCCAACCGCUUGAAAAAACAAUCCUAAAUAUCCUUCCUGUUAAUACAACAUGAUAUCUGUGUGAAUUAUUUGUACUCUUGCAUGGUUAUUAAUGUUUGUGUAAGUUGGUGUACUUGUCCUUGUAAAUGUGUGAAUCGAGUGCACGUUGUGUAUCCAAUAUUUCUUCGUCUGAAAAUGGUUUCAUGUGUAACCUGCACCUAUAUAUACAUUCAACUGAAAAAACAAAG